AUGGAACUGCGACGCCUGGAAAUCCCCGAAAUCGGCGACGACGAAGCCAUCGUCCGCAUUGAAGCCACCGGCAUCUGCGGCACCGAUUACGAAUGGUUCCGUGGCGACCUGGACAUUCCGUAUCCCAUCAUCCUGGGACAUGAGCCCUUGGGUCGCAUUGCCUCCAUCGGGCCUGCCGCCACCGAGCGCUGGGGUGUAUCCGUGGGAGACCGCGUGGCGGUGCGCUCCGGCUACCGAUGCGGCAGGUGCGCCGCCUGCACGGCCGGCGGAACCGACCCGUGCCCCACCGGCGGCGGGUUUGGACAGACUGGAUUGGACAAGUCCCCCGGUCUCUGGGGCGGCUACUCUGAGUAUCUGUACCUACCGGCCGGCUCCGUGGUGUUUCCCAUGGACGGCGAUCUGGAUCCGGCGGUGGCGGUCAUGUUCAACCCGCUGGGCGCCGGUUUCGCCUGGGGCGUGGACGCCACCGGACUGCAACCGGGCCAGACCCUGGCGGUGCUGGGUUCGGGACAGCGGGGCAUCUGCUGCGCCAUUGCGGCCAAGGAAUCCGGGGCCGGCAUGGUCGCCAUCACCGGCCUGGGCCGGGACGAGCACAAGCUGGCCUUGGCCCGCGAUAUGGGCGCCGACAUCGCGAUCAACGUGGACGGCGAGGACCCCGUGGAGCGGGUGUUGGCCGCCACCGGCGGCGCCGGGGUGGACUGCGUGGUCGACACGACACCCUAUGCUGUACAAGCGGUGAACCAGGCGAUCCAGAUGGUGAAGCCCGGUGGCACGGUAGUGCUGGCCGGCCUGAAAGGACGCCGUGCGUUCGAAGGCCUGUCACCCGACGACAUCAUCUGGAAGAAGGUCACUCUUCGCGGCGUCCUGGGCGUGGAGUAUUCUGCGUUCCGCCGCGCCGUGGACACCAUCCACUCGCGUAAGUACCCCAUGGAACGCCUGCACACCCACAGCUUCCCCAUCGAACAGGCCGAGCGGGCCCUGGCCACGCUCAGCGGUGAGGCGGGGCUGCCGAGCAUCCACGUGGCGAUCGUGCCGGAUGCCUAG